AUGGAGUUAUCCAGACUCCUGACCUCACAUCGUCUUCAUCACAUCUUUCGGGUGGAGGAUGGAGCUAGUGUCCCCGUGGACCCAGCCUCCUACGGACACUUCUACGGUGGAGACUGUUACCUGAUCCUGUACAGCUACAGACUGGGAGGGCGCGAGCAGCACAUCAUCUACACAUGGCAGGGGCUGAAGUGCACUCAGGACGAGCUGGCAGCUUCAGCCUUCCUCACAGUGAAGCUGGACGACUCUAUGGGAGGAGCUCCAGUUCAGGUGCGUGUGACCCAGGGCCAGGAGCCUCCUCACCUCAUGAGUCUGUUCAAGUCUAAGACCAUGAUCAUCCACAGCGGAGGAACCUCCCGGAAAGGAGGACAGACCCAGACGGCGAGCACCCGUCUGUUCCACAUCCGCCAGAGCUCAUCUGGGGCCACACGUGCUGUCGAGGUGGAGGCGAGUGCGUCCAAUCUGAACACAAACGACGUGUUUGUGCUGAAGAGUCCCUCCGCUCUGUUCGUGUGGAGAGGAGCCGGGGCCAGUGACGAGGAGAUGAACGCAGCCAAACAUGUGGUGGGAUUCUUAGGAGGAAACCCCUCGACUGUGAGCGAAGGCCGUGAGCCAGGUGAUUUCUGGUCGACUCUGGGAGGAAAGGCGGAGUACCAGACGUCCAAGGCCCUCCGCGAUGUGGUCAACCCUCCGAGACUGUUCGCCUGCUCCAACAAAACCGGACGCCUCUCGGUUGAAGAAGUUCCGGGGGAUUUCACUCAGUCCGACCUGGCCACAGAUGACGUCAUGCUCCUGGACGCUUGGGAUCAGAUCUUCAUUUGGGUGGGAAAAGACGCCAAUGCCGAGGAGAAGACUGGAGCUCCAAAAAUAGCUAAAGAGUACGUUGACUGUGACCCCUCCGGCCGCAGAGGGACCCCCAUCACCACCAUCAAACAGGGGGCAGAGCCGCCCACCUUCACCGGCUGGUUCCAGGCCUGGGACGCUCACAUGUGGGACACUGACCUUCUGGAGCGCAUCCGGGCUCGCUUCUGAGGACACCCAGGACCACCACCCGUCUAGAGGACCACCACCCA